CUCAACCUACCUCCCUCCCUCCCCCCCUUUUCUCUCUCUCUCUCUCUCUCUCUCUGAAUAUCCUAAUCCCACAGUUAUCCUUAGGCGUUUUGUCUUCUUGUUUUUUAUAAUCACUCGCUCAUGACCAAGAACGUUUCGUUUUGGUUUUCCAUGUUAUUCUGAUCGAACCUUUUGAACUCUAGGUUCGAUCUCUGGCCUGGCUAUCAUGCCAGAGACCGAAAAUGUUCCCGAGAACGGCAAAAACGCCUUGUUUGGAAAAUACGAGGUGGGUAAGCUCCUGGGAUGCGGGGCAUUCGCCAAGGUCUACCAUGCGCGCGAUGUCCAAACCGGACAGAGCGUCGCUGUUAAGGUCAUCAGUAAGAAGAAGAUAUCCGCCCCCGGUACCGGCUACUUGAUGUCCAACAUCAAGCGUGAGAUCUCCAUCAUGCGCAGGCUCGAUCACCCCCAUAUCGUCAAGCUCAUCGAGGUCCUUGCCACCAAGACCAAGAUCUACUUCGUCAUGGAGUUCGUCAAGGGUGGCGAGCUCUUCGCCAAGGUCGCUAACGGCCGCUUCACCGAGGAUCGCGGUGUCUUCCACCGUGACCUGAAGCCCGAAAACCUCCUCGUCGACGAGAACGGCAAUCUGAAAGUCUCGGACUUUGGACUCAGCGCCAUGAACGACCACAUCCGACACGACGGGUUGUUGCACACUCUUUGCGGUACGCCGGCUUACGUGGCGCCUGAGAUCCUAGAGAAGAAAGGCUACGACGGCGCGAGGGUGGACGUUUGGUCAUGCGGCGUCGUGUUGUACGUGUUAAACGCCGGUUACUUACCUUUCAACGACUCGAACCUCAUGGCCAUGUACAAGAAGAUUUACAAUGGCGAGUAUCGGUGCCCCAAGUGGUUUUCUCCCGAUCUAAAACGAUUCUUGUCUCGGCUUCUGGAGACGAACCCAGAGACGAGGAUCACCGUCGACGAGAUCCUGAAAGACCCCUGGUUCAAGAAGGAGUGCUACAAGGAGUUGAAUUUUUACCAAAAAGAAGCUUAUACGGACGAGAAAGAAGAGGAGCCCAAGGUUAAAGAUUUGAACGCCUUCGACCUGAUCAUAUCCUUCUCUCACGGUUUGGACCUGUCGGGUUUGUUCGAGAUCAGCUCGAGCAACCCAGUGGAAGAUGGAGAGAGAUUCUUAUCGGCCGAGUCGCCGGAGAAGGUCUUGGCGAAAGUCGAGGAAUUAGCUAAAGUGGGCGAGAACAACCUAUGGGUGAAGAGGAAGAAGGACUGGGCUGUGGAGCUGGAAGGACGGAACGGUAAUUUCGCCAUCGCGGUGAAGGUUUACCGGUUAACGGACGGGCUGGUAAUGGUGGAGGCUAAGAGUAGAGGUAGGGACGGUGGGUCCUUCAAAGACACAUGGAAAAACAAGCUUAGGCCUCAGCUAAUCAGUGGCCUAACGGUUCAACCGGGAACUCAAAAUUGAGUUUUUUUUUUUUUUCUUAUUAUAUAUUUAUCAUGUAAACAGAAACAAAAACGAAAAGAAAAUCGUCGAAAUCAAUUAAGGUGGUGGUGUUAAACUUAGUUAAAAAUCCCAUAAUUCCAACGUAAGAAGAGAAUCAUUAUGGACUUCUAUGGGAGUGUUUAUGUAGAUAAAUAUAUUUUUAGAACUCUGGUGUUUCUGUAUUUUUUUCAUGUGUGUACAUAAGGAGGGAAACAAAUGAAAUAUACUAGUUCUCUGUCAA